AUGUUGCGUCCAGUUCCAAAUCUCGCAGACUAUGGGAUUACUCCACAACAUGGCUUCCUUCCCGAGGAACCACCGGCUACCAAGCUCCCAGCAUACUACUCUCCGUGGGAGACGGCUGUUCAGAAUCUCCAGCCUCUAAUACUGGCCGGGAGACUGCGGAAUACAAUUGAAAACAUGCCUGUGCUGUCCCCAGAAUACCUUGACUCUGUACCAGAAUGGCGACGUGCAUAUUCAAUCCUAGGUUUCUUGCUGCACGGCUAUAUCUGGGGAGGUGAUCAACCCGCGGAUGAAAUCCCGCAACCCCUUGCCAUCCCACUUUUGAAGGUUGCUGCUCAGCUUGAGCUGCCGCCUGUGGCUACAUUUGCUGGCCUCUGUCUGUGGAAUUACAAGCCGAUAUUUGCUGAUGAACCUGCAGAUUCUCUCGAGAACCUUGCUACUUUAUUCACAUUUACCGGUUCUGUGGACGAGCAAUGGUUCUACCUUGUUUCGAUCGCCAUUGAGGCGAGGGGUGCCCGGUCCAUACCCAUCAUGCUCCAAGCUAUAGCCGCAGCUCGUGCCAACCAAACACAAGAAGUUACGGAGUGUCUGACCAAGUUUGCUGAAGUAGUUGACGAAGUAAACAUGGAACUCCAGAAAAUGUACAAGCACUGUGACCCGCAUGUGUUCUACCACCGCAUCCGCCCGUUCUUGGCAGGAAGCAAGGGUAUGGCCGAGCUCCCGCGUGGUAUCCGCUUUGAUGAUGGCACCGGCCGUCGAGAACACAAGCACUACAGAGGAGGGAGUAAUGCGCAAAGCUCACUGAUACAAUUCUUCGAUAUCGUUCUGGGUGUUGAACACCGUCCUACAGGUGAAUCUAGACCGAAACCAACUACCGCUUCCCUUGCAUCUUCAUCUUCAAGUGAUGAGAGCGGAGAAGGUAGGAAACGAUGGCACAAUUUCCUCAUGGAAAUGCGGACAUACAUGCCGGGGCCACACCGAAGGUUCCUCGAACACGUCUCCAGCGUUUCAAAUAUCCAAGAUUAUGUCCAAUCACACCAGUCAGACACGGAGCUGGUCGUUGCAUUUAAUACGGCUGUUGCAAUGGUCAAAGCCAUCCGAACGACACAUAUCACAAUGGUUUCACGGUACAUUGUGGUUAAAUCACGCGAAGAGCGGGAUACGAAGGCUUCAUCAUCACCGCCACUUGUACCUCGAUCACAGCCUCAACCCCAAUCGACGCCUGGUGGAAUGCUCAUGUCUAACCGCCCCUCGAAAAAUGGCAAGAAAGCACCUCUCCGCGGCACUGGUGGUACAGCCCUCAUUCCAUUCUUAAAACAGGCGCGUGAUGAAACAGGUGAAGCUGCCAUAGGACCAUGGGCGAAGAAGCUCCUUGAUAAAGCCGGUGUCCAAGCACCCAAGGUAGCUUCUCUACCAAAACUUGAUGAGCAUGCCGAUGGCCAGAUGCAAGUGGUUGGGCUAGCUGGAACCUGGUCUAUGGACGAGGGCGAAGGCGGCCUUUGCCAUUGGUAA